AUGGCUAGUUCUAUUGUACGUACCAAAAGGAAGAGGAAGCUGUGCUUAUUCGACCAUUCGGUCUCAUCCGACUCCAAGAGGAGCAAACCAAAUGGUGGUGGAGGAGCAACCUCAACGAACCUCGAUACUAGUAUUGAUCUCAUCAACAACAGGUGGACUGGAAGGCCUUACUCAGAAAGGUACUAUGAGAUCCUUGAGAAGAGGAGAACUUUGCCUGUCUGGAAAUAUAAAGAGAAGUUCUUGCAGGAACUCAAGGGCACCCAAUGUUUAGUUUUAGUUGGUGAAACCGGCAGUGGUAAAACUACUCAGAUUCCUCAAUUUGUUUUGGAAGCUGUUGCCGAGAAUGUAUAUCCAGAACUAACACGCAGCAAGAGGAAGAUGAUGAUCGCGUGUACUCAGCCCCGUCGAGUGGCUGCAAUGUCAGUGUCCCGCCGUGUUGCUGAGGAGAUGGAUGUGGUCAUCGGAGAAGAGGUUGGUUACAGCAUCCGUUUCGAGGAGUGCACCAGCGGGAAGACAAUGUUGAAGUACUUAACUGAUGGUAUGCUUUUAAGAGAAGCAAUGGCAGAUCCACUUUUUGAGAGAUAUAAUGUCAUAAUUCUUGACGAAGCUCAUGAAAGAACUUUGGCCACUGAUCUUCUGUUUGGGAUUCUCAAGGAAGUGUUGAAAGUUAGAGCUGACCUGAAGCUGGUUGUGAUGAGUGCUACUCUUGAGGCCAAGAAGUUUCGAGAUUAUUUUAAUGGUGCACCCCUCAUAGAAGUUCCUGGCAGGCUUUAUCCUGUGGAGAUUAUGUACACUCAGCAACCCGAAAGGGAUUACGUAGAGGCAGCAAUACGAACUGUUGCACAGAUUCUUACUUGUGAGGCUCCUGGAGAUGUGCUUGUUUUCCUAACUGGAGGGGAGGAAAUAGAAGAUGCAUGCCUCAAAAUUAAUAGAGAAAUUAAUAAAAUCAAUUACCAGUGUGAAAUUGGUCCUGUGAAAGUGAUGCCAUUGUAUUCAACUCUCCCCUCUGAUAUGCAACAGAAAGUGUUUGAUCAAAUUCCUGAGAGGAAAAUUGUGGUGUCAACAAACAUUGCAGAAACUUCUCUUACCAUAGAUGGAGUUGUUUAUGUUGUUGACCCCGGAUUUUCCAAACAGAAAGUUUAUAACCCACGAGCGCAUGUUGAGUCCUUGUUGGUGUCUCCAAUUUCUAAGGCAAGUGCACGUCAGAGGUCAGGGCGUGCCGGAAGAACUCAGCCGGGAAAAUGCUUUAGACUAUACACUCAGAAAAGUUUCCACAACGAUCUUGAGCAAGAGACAUAUCCAGAGAUAUUGAGAUCAAACCUUGCAAAUACAGUACUUACCAUGAAAAAACUAGGAGUAGAGGAUUUGAGUCAUUAUGAUUUCAUGGAUCCUCCUGCUCCUGAGACAAUGAUGGAUGCACUAGAGGUUUUGUAUUUUUUGGGAGCCCUUGAUGAAGAUGGUAACUUGACCAUGGUGGGGGAGAUUAUGAGUGAAUUCCCACUAGACCCUCAGAUGUCAAAGAUGCUCAUUGUCAGCCCUCAAUACAACUGCUCCAAUGAGAUUUUGUCAAUUUCUGCGAUGCUUUCCGUGCCCACCCCAUUUAUCCGGCCUAGGGAUGAGGUUCAAGAAGCCGACGAAGCCAAAGCUGAGUUUGCCCACAUUGACGGAGAUCACCUCACUUUGCUCAAUGUGUAUCAUGCUUACAAGCAACACAAUGAGGACCCAUCCUGGUGCUAUGACAACUAUCUCAGUCAUAAGGCAUUGAAGGCUGCAGACAAUGUUAGGCAGCAGCUGAUGCGCAUUAUGGCUCGUCUUAACCUCAAGCUAUGUAGUACUGACUUAAGCAGCCCUGACUACUACAUCAACAUAAGAAAGGCUCUGCUGGCUGGAUAUUUCAGGCAGGUAGCUCAUCUACAACGCAGCGGACAGUACCUGACUAGAAAAGAGAAACAAGUAGUACAUUUGCAUCCCUCAAAUUCUCUGGAUCACAAACCAGAGUUUGUGAUCUACAACGAGUAUGUCUUGACAAGCAGGAGUUUUAUCCGAACGGUGACCCAGAUAAGUGGUGAAUGGCUAGUCGAAUACAACAUCUGA